AUGAUCUUUUCACGUAGCUAUUUACGUCUGGAAAAUAGCUUCCGAAGCCGUUCCAUUUCAAGCUGCUCCCAGCUGCUGAUCACCAAAAAAGCAGUCUACUUUGAUUAUGUCGGCAUAGACGUCAGUGGGCUCGUCGGGAACGCCCUCCGUCUUGCCAAGAGCACCGCCAACGAGCAAAGGCGGCAACGCGAGGUGGGUCGGCAGGUUUUGCACAGCGUCCAGCAGCUGCUGCGGAAGAUAAACUGCAAAAAAUCCUUGCUGUUCGCCAUGGACGGUGCCGAGUCCCUUGCAAAAGCCUGCGUAACGCGGAGGAGUUCGUUUAGCCGCCGUCUCGAGAGCCGCCUUGUGCGGCUUCCCGGCACGACUCUGAUGCAGACGGUGGAGGAGUCUCUGGUGCGGAUGAUGCCGGAAAACCAACUUCGCCUGCUGCCCAGUGAAGUCGUCAUCUCUGGUACCGGUGUGUCGGGGUGCGUGGAGGAGAAAUUCUCUGCCUGGGCCCUCGAUUUGGCAUGCCGCGAAGGGUUCAAUGCGAAUCAGGACUCGCUCUGCCUCAUCGGCUCCUCUGAGCUUUUCCUCAACACUCUUGCGAUGACCCCCUACUACGAUAUCCGUAGCGUCGUCCAGGGCACGUCGGAUAUGAAGCAGACCACGAUGUCCUCACUGUUGGAGUGGUUAGAAUUGGACGGAUUUGCAACCAAGGGAGAUAGCACUCUUGUGGCACGCGCUCGCACCGAUGCGCUGUUUCUGUAUUUAAUCUGCAGUGGAUGUACGGCGACAGAGCUGCCAUCAUCUUCCCACGCCCGCUUUUCUAUUUUGUGGGAUCGCUACUACACCCGUUCCUUUGAGCGUUCCCCCAAAGGUGAAUCCUCAGCGGGGGCGAAACCGACUCCGUCUGGCGGCUCUCAGGAUGAGAACGCUUCCUUUUAUCUGUUCACGGAUACCCCUGAUCACAUGCUUGAGUUGGAUCUGGAAAACUUCUUCGAGAUCCUAGGUUUAGUCUCGGCGGAUACGGUUGUAGAGGAGGUGAGAGGUGGGAGCCGUGGAGUGUCAAAGAGGAACGCCUCAACUCCCGUAGCCCCCCAUGCCACCACUUCCGUUUCGUUGACUGGGGCGGGCAACGACACGGCCGCAGGGGGUUAUCUCGAGCACGCUCUUCAAAGCCACGCGAUGUUUUGUUUAGGCUACACUCCCAACCCCUUCUAUGUGCCCCCCAACUACGACGGCCUCGGCGACGCGCAGGAGAGGGGCGUUCCGAUCCGUCAGCUGGCGUUGCACCUGAAGGCCCUAAUCGCGCGAGGCGUGCGGAAGCUGAGGGCGAGGGUUCCUUCCUUUCAAGAGAGAGGUCAGGGCUUGGCGUCUUCGGAUAAGGGGUCGUUACAAGAAGAAUCCGAGUCGAUUUCGCCUGCGCAAGAUCGUGUAAAGGAAGGGGAGAUGAGUAAAGAAGGCGCGUCAUCCAUGUCGUCAUCUCCGCCUGUAGCAGAUGAGGCUCGUGAGUCCGGCGAGGCCGGUGGGGCGCUGGAGAGCGGCACCUCUUCCACUCCAUGCCUUCCUUCUGAUGUCAAUCAGGAGAAUCCAUUUUGGUCGCCGAUCCAGCCCCUUACUGCGGCAGAGUACACGAUUCUCUGUCAGGUUCAGCAACCUAACAUCGAGAGUGGCUUGCAGCUUUACGUGGGCAGGAUGCCGAAGCCGGAGCUGGCGAAACGCAUCCUGCGGACCACCGACAUUCGCACCGCCCAUCAACUCGUUCAGGAGGCACUCUCCUACGCCGAUCCGGAGCGCCCGCAUAAAUGCCUCUGCCUUUCCCCCUCCUACUGCUGGUUGCAGAGCGAUAAGACCAAGUUAUGGCGGAUGGAGUACGUUGAUAUCGGUGUGUUGGCGCGUGCGCAGGGGAUUCGUCGCGUGCGGAACGCCAUUUCAGGGAUGUCGAUGGAGUUGCGCGCGUCGGAAGGGGGGUCCGCCUGGUUUGACUUCCAGACGCAGCUGUGGCAGCCCAUCCCUCGCUUUCCCUGCGGCGGGGAGGAGCCGAUUCCCGACGCGGCCGAGGCGGCGACGGACUCGGAGCCAACGCGAGCCCCCCCCCCCUCCGAGGACCCCCGCGAAUCGCGUGAUUCCGGCAAGACGAUCAAGGUGCUGACGUGGAAUGUGAUGUUUGACCGAUACAGCGGCCAGCCCACCCCCCUUGGGAUGCCCGGGAUCGAUUGGUGUUCCCCCCAGCGCUACCCCGUCCUCGCCAAGUGCAUCGCGGCGGAGGAUGCGGAUGUGGUGGGGAUGCAGGAGGUGGAGCCCGCCUUUCUGCGCUACCUCGCCGCCCAGCGGUGGUGCCGGGAGGGGUAUUUCCUCUCCUGCACGGAAUCCAGCCCGGUGAUUCACCCAUGGGGGGUCGCCAUGCUGAUCCAUCGCCGACGUCUGCCGGUGGUGGAGCUGACGCACGUGAACGUGCCGGCGUGGUCCGGCCACGUCUCUCUCAUGCCCGUCGUGACGCUGCGGAUGAGCGAGGGGGCCACCGUCCACGUCUCCGCCGUCCACCUCCUCGCCCCGUUCACGAAGGCCCACGAAAACGCCCGGACCGCGCAGGAUUUGGCGCUUCGCCAGCGUCUCGUGAAGAGCGUCCCGGCGACUGGGGAUUCCAUCGCGAUGGGGGACUUCAACGACUACCCGGGAAACGAGUUCCUCAUGCCGAGGGAGACGCAGUACCUGGAGUGCUGGCCUAUGCUUCAUCCGCAGGAUCCAGGGAGAACGAUGGACGACACUAACACCUUCUGCAAGCUCAAGGUGGAGGAGAUGUUUUUCGGGCGUUCGGACAAGAUCUUUUUAAGGAGCCGGCGGCUGGUGCCGAUCGAGGCGCAUUUGGUGGGUACUAAAAGCGUGAAUGAGGAAAAUGGCGAUGGGGCGGCUCCAGCGUACUUGUUUCCUUCGGACCACUACGGUGUUAGCAUGACGUUCGCUCUGAAGAGUACGCCCUAG